GACAGUUCUUCUUUUCCCAGAUGAUGACCCAGAACAUGUUUCAAGAGGGUCUGCACCAGGUGUUUUUUAAGGACAGACACUCGGAUGCUCCUACAGUGUCAGCCCAGGUCAGCACAGAGGAUGAGGAUUUAUAUAACGUCAGGAUUCAUCGAUGGUUUGGGACGGUGGUUAACGCCAGAGUUUUAGUUGCUGGAGUGGUUCAGAUCCUCGGUGCCUUUGCUUGCAUGCUUUUCACAGUCAGCCAUACAUGCAUGAGCUACAACUGCUCUAUCUCCAUGACAACACCAGUGUGGUCAAGCAUAGCUUUUGUAGCUGCUGGUUGUCUGACGGUAGAGGUUCAGAGGAGAGCUAAUCAAUUAAAGGUCAUCACUCUGAUGGGUCUGAACAUUUUCAGUAUGCUGUUCGGCUUCUCUGCUAUCCUGGCAAACAGUGUCGCUUCUAUAGAGCCUGUCCCACUCAACACCAAAGAGCAGCAAGCAGGUUCACACAUCGCAAAUGGGGGCUCCUUAGCAUUUACUGUCGUCUGUUUGUUUGCUUCAGUCUACAUACUUUUUCUAAGCUGGAGUGGUUUACGUCGCUACAGUCCCACCUAUGUCCAGGCAUACAGAACUGUCUCACAGAUUCAAGAUGAAACCAAUGGGCCUCUCCUAGAACAAGGUGAACACAAUCUCUGAAUCCCACAGACCUGAAGAGGCUCCCCCUCUCCUGUAUGCACUGUUUGUUAUUGUAUAUUUUUCAAAAACAGAGUUACUGUUGCUGAUCAGGGUGUAUUUAUGAAAUUCUUAUCAAAAAGAAAUGACAUAUUAACACAUGUAGAUCUGUGUAAAAUUCAGUGUUGAGCUGAUGAUUUAAGUAAUCGCUAUAAAUGUUCGUUUUUGGUGGAUGAAACGGUUAAUAUUAACCAUUGCUGAUUAACAAUUCCCUUGUUCUCUCAGGUGAACACUAGAGGGCAGCAUUGUCACUGAUUUGAACUGUUUUGCAGCAAGUUUCUUAAAAUUGGACCCCUCUGUUUAAUGUUAUAAUAGAGCAACCUUUUUCCCUGCUUACUCCCUACUUGUUUGUAAAAUAAUGGCGAGCUCCCCCAAGGACCAACACACCCCCCUGAAAUCUUUGGCGCCCCCCUAUGGGAGCCUGGAGCCAGGCUGGGAACCACUGUGAAAGAGGAUGAAAUGGUUUAUUAAAUAAAAUAAUUAACAGUUAUCCAAUAUGAAAUACAUUUAUCAGAGCUCAUUACGAUGCUGAAUAUUAGAAACAGAGGCCAUACAUUAACAUUUGUCAUUGUUUUGGAAACAAGAGGAGUAAUCUAAAAAAUUCUCAAAUGCUUCCAUCACUAGCUUUGAAGAGGACACUUCCAUGCAAAAAAAGUUCAAGAUAUUUGGCUUGAAUUCAUUAAUAAAAAUGUAUUAAAAGGCUCAAGAUAACUAAAUUCUCUAGUGGUAUAUGAUGUUGUAAGAAGAAAACUAAUCAAAAGCUCAACAGGAUAAAACAUCUUGGAAACCAUUGCUCUAAGGACACAUGCACUGUAAUGUACAUCAGCUAAUCAGCUUUUGGAUGUUUCAGAGUAUUCAGUACCAAUAAAAAGUA